CUACAUAACUAUCUUUGAGCACCCCCUUGAACUCCCCCCCAGUUAUCGUCUAUUUCCGGAAGCUUUGGUUCAGACCCAGCGGAAGGGGUGUCGGAAUGGCGGAUCAUAUGUCCUCGGCCUUCGGACAAGCGGCCCAGGCCCCGCUUGGAGGGACUGGCGCAGACCUUCCUCUCUCCCCUCAGUGGAGGCAGCCGUUUGGCAGGGCCACCAGCAUGGAGCCGCCGAUGAAAAGUGCACUGAUCGGACCUUGGGAUGGGAACGCGGGCGGAGCACAGGGCAAGGACGCCGCCGCCGCGUCUAAGGCUCCUGCGGCCUGGCGGGGCCCCGAGGGACCGCCUAACCGUGACGCAAAGUGGCCGGAUAAGGACAGGCCCGAUUAUAACGCGGCCCGGGACCGUCCGGCGCCUACUCGCUGGCGGGAGCGCGAGGAGGACCCCCGCGAUCGCACCAACUGGGAGAACGACAGGUGGGGUUCCGUCGACGAGCCGCGCCGCUGGCAGGACGAUCGCGGUGCAGGUGCGACCCCAGAUCGCUGGGGCGACGCUGCCGGUGGCGCGGGUGCCGGUGCGGGGCGUGGCCGCGGGCGCCCGGCUGAGGUGGACCGCUGGGGCGAGCGCAAGCCCAACAUGCCGCUCGGGGAGCGAGAGUGGCUGCCGGGGAUGCCACCGGAGUCGGACCUGCCCAAGCGCCCUGACCGAUGGGGCGGGGAGGGCGCGGAGCGCCGCCCGGCUGGCGGCGACGAGCGCUGGCGCGCCCCUGGGGCUGCUGGCGGUGGCACGCCGGAGGCUGGCUUCACGUCGACGCAGGCGGGCCGCGGGCGUGGCUUUGCCACCGGGCGCGGACGGGGCCUCAAACCGGCCGGCCCCACCGCUCCGGGCUCUGGCGUGCCUGACCGCUGGGACGCGCCCAACCGCGGUGUCGAGCGGGUGGACAGCGGGCUGCAGGGCGGCGGCAGCCAGGGCGGCACGCGGCGCUACAGCUCGCCGCAGAUGCAGAAGAUCUUUAACAGCCUGCUGAGCGCCAGCCCGGACCACAAGCUGCCCACGCCGCGCAUCAACCCGGAGGUGCUGCUGCAGUAUCCCGAGUACCUGGACGGACUGGCGGCGGAGGCGGCGGCCGCGGCGGCGCAGCACAUGAACGCGGGCGGCAACUCAGGGCCAACCUCCAGCGCGCCGUCGGGCAGCGGCGGCGGCGGGCUGCCUGCUGCGCCUCCGGGCCUGCCCACCUUCAUCAACCACGAGCUUUUUGUGCAGGACAAGUGGGUGUACAAGGACCCGCAGGGCCAGACGCAAGGGCCCUUCGGCCGCAGUGACAUCAUGGAGUGGCUGCAGUUCGGUUACUUCGGCGAGGACUUGCCCAUCCGGGCUGGCGCGCUGGACGCUGGGGUGCCCUUCGUGCCGCUGGGGCAGAUGCUAAAGAUGUGGGAUGCAAUCGAGCGCGGGCGGCCGCUGGGGCCGCCCGGCUUCACGCCCGGCGCCGCGCCGGCGGCGGCGGGCCCCGCGGCCGCGCCGGCGCCCGCGCCGGAGCCUGUGCCGCAGCAGUCCCCGGACCCGCGGCCGUUUGGCUCGGCCGCCCGGUACGAACCGGUUUCCAACCGCACGGACACCUCAUCUCAUGCGCCGUCAUUCGGCGACUGGCAGGACUCCUCGGCUGCUGCCUCGGCUGCUUCUGCUGCUGCCUCGGCCGCCUCCGCCGCGCUGCCUGUUCCGGCGGCGGCGGGCGGCGCGCAGCGCACCUCCUCCCUCCUGGAGACCCUGCUUGGGCGGAAGCUGGCGGAGCCCACGCCCGGCGUGGCCGGCUCGCCGGGGCAGCCUGGCGCAAUGGCGGGCGCGGCGGCGGCGGAUGCGGCGGCUCAGCCCGGCAGCGCGCGGCCGUUCACACUGGACCCGCCUGUGCAGUUGCACACGGCGGGGUCGGGCGGCAUGGGCCCCGGCGGCCUGGGGGCACUGGGCGGCCUUGGCGGGCCCCUCGGCGGGGGGCUGGGCGGCUUUGGCGGCGGCCCCAUGGGCCCUGGCGGCAUGGGCGGGAUGGGCCCCGGCGCGAUGGGCCCUGGCCCAUGGGGCGGCCCGCUGGGCGGCCCCGGCGGCCCCAUGCCGGGUGGCUCUGGCGGUCCCAUGCUUCCCGGAUGGGGCCGUGAUCACCUUGCAGGGGGCUACGACCCGCUGCGGCGGCCGGACAUGCACCCCGGCCUGCCCGGCAUCUGGGGCGGCGCACCGUUCCGGCCGGAGGGCCCGCCCCUCGGCCCCGGCUUUGCGCCCGGCCCCAUGCCCGGGCAGGAUAUGCCCCCGCCGCCGCAGCAGCAGCAGCAGCAGCAGCAGCAGCAGCAGCAGCAGCCCCAGGCUGAGCCCGCUCAGGCACACCCGCCGUCGCCGGGCCCGCAGCAGCAGCAACAGCAGCCCCAGCAGCAGCAGCAGCAGCCGUCGGCGUGGGGCGCCGCACCCCAGGCGGCGCCUGCGGGCCGCAGCCUAGCGGAUAUCCAGCGGGAGCAAGCGGUAGAGGCGGCACGGCAGCAGGCGCUGCGGGACCAGGCAAUGGCGGCGCCAGCGCCCGCGCCUGCCGCGCCGCCGGCGCCAGAGCCGGCCCAGGCGCAGCCGCACGCGCAGCCGCCGUGGGGUGGCGCCGCGCACGCGGGCACCUCGGCCAUUCCCCCGGGACUUCCGCCCGCGCUGCAGCAGAUCUUCGCUGCUGCCAACAAGGCCAUACCGGCACCGGCGCCAGCAGCGGAGCCGGCGGCGCCGGCUCCUGAGCCGCCAGCAGAGCCAGCCGCGCAGGGUGGCAAGAAGAAGAAGACGCCGCAGCUAGUGCUGCAGGACCAGCCCAAGCCGGCUGCUGCUGCUGCUGCUGCUGCGCCGGCGGCGGAGGAGUCAGCGGCGGCGCCGGCGCGGCCGGAGCCAAAGCUGGCGCCGUGGGCGUCGGCGGCGGUGCAAAAGCCGCCCACCGCGGGCCUGACGCUACGGGAAAUCCAGAUGCAGGAGGCGGAGGCGGCCGCGCGCGCGGCUCGUGCCGCUGCCGCCGCUCAGGAGGCCGCGGCUGCCUCCGCUGCGGCGGCCGCCGCGCCGGCGGUGCCCGCGGGUGCAUCGCCGUGGGCGAAGAUUGCGGCCGCGGGAUCCAACGCUACGGCGGCGCCUGCGCCACCGCCGCCUGCGCCGCCCGCCCCCAGCGCGUGGCGGCCGCCCGCCCCCGCGGCGGCGGCGGCGCCUGCGGUGGCGGCGCCCUCCGCGUCCAACGACACCAGUCCCUCCCGCAAGGCGGUGCCGCCCUCGGCCACCGCCAUCGCGCCCGCGGCGCGCGGCGGCCGCCCCGGCCCCGCCGAGCCGCCCGUGGGCGUCACCGGUACCGCGCCGCGCGGCACCCUGCUCUCUGAGCUUCUGGACAGCAAGCUCAGCCCCGCGCCGGCCACAACGGCGCAGCCCAAGGCCUGGGGCGGCGCCGCCGCCAAGCCGCCGCCGGUGACCAACCUCCGCACGGUGCUGUACGAGGAGAGCGCGGCGGAUCUGGAGGGCGGUGCCGCGGACGAGGACCUCGCCGACGUCCUGGCGCUGUUCCAGCAGAAGCACGGGCAGCAGCAGCCGAUGCCGGCGCCGGCGCUACCCGCGCCGCCCGCGCUGCAGCCGCCGGCGCAGGCCGCGAACGGCGGCUGGGCGGCCGCGCCCGCGCCGCCGCCGGGCCCCACGCUCCGCGACAUCCAGCAGCAGGAGGAGGAGGCGCGGCGGCGUGCCGCGGCGGCGGCGCCGCCCGCGGCGCGCGCGGCCUCCAUCCCGGCGCCGCCGCCGCCCACUGCGGAGGACGAGGGUCUGUUCUGGGACUACGGUCCGGCGGCAGGUGCCCCGCCGCCGCCGGCGCGGGCGCCGGAGCCGCCCAAGCCCGCCCUGCCCGCGGCGCGGCACGCGACGCCACCGCCGGCCCUCGGGGCAGCGACUCCCCGCGGCGGCUGGGCGUCUGCCGUUGGUGUGGCCAACGCGGCGCCAGCGCCGGUCCCGGUGAGCAUGGCCUCAAAGAUUGCGGCGGCGCCUGCGGCUCGGCCGGCACCGCCGCCUCCGGCUGCGAAGCCGGCGACCCCGCCGCCGGCGCCGCGGCAAGCUGCUGCGCCGGCGCCAGCGCCGGCGGCCUCGACAUCGUACGCGCCUGCAGCGGCGGCCGACGACGGGCUGUUUGACGGGGAGCUGCAGAUGUCGCCGGAGUUCAAGUCGUGGUGCCGCGGCAAGAUGGUGGAGUUCUUUGGCAACGACGACCUGACGCUGGUGGCGUUCCUGUACAGCAGCUGCACCAGCCGCUCCGAGGUGGCGGACUACUGCCAGGAGUACAUGCGCGGCAAGCCCAACGUGUCCACCUUCGUGGCCGAGUUCCUCAAGCGCAAGGACGCGGACGUGGCGGCUCGCUCCAAGGCCUCAAAGGGCAAGGGUGGCGCCGCGGGGGCAGGCAAGGCCGGACCCGCGGCGGCCGCGCCAGCCGGCAAGGCCGCUGCCGCCGUGAGCGAGUGGCAGAAGGCGGCGGCGGCGGCGCCAGCUGCGGCGGCGGCGCCGAAGAAGGGCGCGGCGGCGGGCAAGGGGCAGCAGGGGGCCAAGAAGGUGGGCGGCAUCACGGCAACCAUCCCUGGUUUCUCCCUGCUCUCAGACCGGGCGUAAGCAGGCACGGUACCUGCGUGCUGGCGCUGGGGGAACGGGCGCCGCGAGUGCGCGUGCGCCGGAGCUAGGGCCGAAGGCGCGCUGGCCUCUCAAUUUUCCUGUGGCCGGCUGAGGGGCGGAAGUCCUCCCCGGUGGAUUACGGGGAGGGCAGUUUUGCGCUGCCCGUAGCUGGGGCCGACGUCGGGCGUCGCGGAGGACACACAGGUAGCGCCGCUAUGUCGUGUGCCGGUGCAGGGGUAGGGCGUGCGUGCGCGGUUGGCGGGACAGGGAGGAGAACGUUUAAGGCCUUUGGCGGCGGGAACGGCGAGUCAGAGCAGGCUCGGCGGCUGAGGGACGAAGGCAGUGAGCAAGUGGAAUCGGGCUACUGUAAAUGGCGUGAGUUGCCGUCCGAACAGCUCUGCUUGCGUGUCCAAGCUCGGUGGUUCACAACUUGAUGGCAUACACCGAUACACAACAGAGGUCAGGGUCCAGCUCGGAUGGGGGCGUUUGGAGAAAUGCAAGAGCAGCAAAGGGGCUUAGGGGCGGACUGGAGGGCCUGGGAGGGCAAGCAACGCGCGACGGCCGCGUGUGAACAUGUGCCAGCGUGCGCAGCCUCAGCCAAAGACCAGUGCACCAGGACAUGACACGCUGGGGGGCCGCACCUGAUCGACGCAUUGCUGAUGUUUCUAGCAAAGCUGCACAUCGGCUGCGUCCACAUCUCACUCUGCAGUUGUACUGAGUAACGUUUUCCUGGUCCCUGCCUGCACUUUUCGCCUGGUGCGCGUGUUGAUAUUCCAGUGUGUUGCUGUAAUCAAUAAGCCAA